AUGUGUUCCGUUGUCCCGCUGCUGCUCUUCUCUGCCUGCGUGCUCCUGACGGUGCUGCUGCCGGCUGUGCCGGGAGCCCACGGCAGCCAGGAGCCGGCGGCGAGCUCGGCAGCCGUCAACGGCAGCCGCCUGCCCGCCGGGCCGGCCGGUGCGCCCGGUAACCACAGCGGGACCCAGCUCAGCCCCGUGCCCGCGCUGCUCCGAGACCUCUCCGGGCUGAAGGCCGCCGUCAUCGGGGCCUGCACCCUCACGGCCGCCCUCAUCGCCUGCCUUCUGCUCCGCGUUUUCAGGUCUGGCAAGAGGAUUAAGAAGACCAGGAAGUAUGACAUAAUCACCACCCCAGCUGAGCGGGUAGAGAUGGCUCCUCUGAACGAAGAAGAUGAUGAGGAUGAAGACUCAACAGUGUUUGAUGUGAAAUACAGGUAAAGCAGCUCCAUGGAGCAUCAGUACCCUGCCAGAUGUCAUUCUGCUGUCGAGGGACCUGCUGAAGCCGUAACUGUGAAAGGGGAGGCUUUCAUCUCUGCAGCAUUACAACCAAACCAGGCCUCACCUCUUCAAGAUGCUGUUUGUACAGCAGGCUAUGGAUCUCCUGACCAAAAUGUCACCAUUCAGUUCCCUGGUUUCCAAACUGCUAUCUUGGAAUGACCAGAGUUCCUCUUUGCAAAGUCAGCUCUCCCUUCCUUCAGUGUCACUAAAGCACGACAAGAUGCAGCCCUGGGUAUUGACUUAGAGUUCAUGAUAGUCUAAGUUGUGCAGAAGGAAGAAAAGGAAGAUGGAACUAAGCUGCCCCAAGGACUUCUUUUCUAACAUCCUAGUUCAAUACUUCAGUCACUGUUAAACUUUGGUCAUUGUUAAGCAGAUCAUGUGUUUGAGGAAAAAAAAAAAAUCAAGAUGUGUGCCUUUUAGGGCCUUAGAGGUGACUUAGGACUUUAGGCAGUAAAAAUGUAAGCCAUGGUUUAUUGGGAGAGGGUGUGAGAGGUUAACUCACACAGAAAAUUGUACUGACUUGCUACUGAUUAUUUUUAUUUCCUUUUUUUCUUUUUUUUUUUUUUUUAAACAACAGUUGCACUAAGCUUUCAUGAUGACUUUGUCCCAAGGAGCUCUGAGCAGACCAACUUUAAUAAAUGAAACCACAGGGAAAUAGGAUGAAUCAGGCAUGCCCUAAAUGACAACAGUCUUGGAUUAAAGAAGAUCUAUUUUUGUAAUUUUAUGCCCAGGGAGUAAAACCAGUGUUUUGUACUGUCCUCUGCUGACUGUAGCUUGUCUACAAUUAAUCUGCAUUAUUAUAAGUUAUCCUAUGGAAUUAAUAGAUUGCAGGAAGAACUCUUAUUUUUCAUGGAAGCUUCAUGUAAGUGAUCUUAAUCUGUAUCAAACUGGAAGUUUUUUUCCCUACCACCUGCUUGACAAAUCUCAUUUAACUCAAGGAUGCUUUUUUUAACCAUCACUCCCAGCUGUGCUUUGUGCUGCAGAGGUCAGAGCUGUGGGAUGACACAAUGAGAAUUAGAUUGCUGCAUCUGGAUGGAUUUGGUUUAGGGGACCACAAGUAUGCAGACUUUCCAGGCCAUGGAGGGAAAGGGCAAACCUAAUAGGGUUUGUUUCUUUACUUUGUGGUUUGCCUUUAAAGUAACCACAGAUGCAGCUCAGACUUUACUGCACCCCUUAAUAGCUUUCAUUUUGGGUUUUUAAACUGGCUGUCACCUUGCUUUUCUUGGGGAAUGCAUGCUUUGCAAUUGUUUUAGGAUUAUCCCACUGUUUGCUUAACCCUCUACUAGCCUCCUGCAGUUACAACCCCUUAAGGAGGCUGCAGAGUUUCUGGCAAAGCAUCAGCACUGCAGCAAGCUGCCAGGUUUGGGGGUGGUUUAUUUUUGAAGGCCUGCUGGGAUUUGAGGCUUGCUGAGAAUACUGAACUGCUUUGUCAUGAUACCACUGUCUACACCAGUUCUGCACAGCUACCUUGGGCCCUGCAGUCAGGAAAAGGAGGUGAAGGUUAAUUCUUUUUUUUUUUUUUUCCAUCCCAGCAGCCUUGUGCUUUCAUCAGAGAAGCUCCCAUAACACAUCUGCUUUCCCUAGCCAUGACUCAGCAAAGGCUUUGCAAACAACCCCCUCAGCCUGGAUGGAAAAAUCCCACAGCAGACUUGCAUUAAUAUUAGUCAUCAAGGCAAUAUAGAAAUGCUGUGUUAUUCUCACUGAUGGAGUGACUGAGUCAUUCCAUAUUACUGUUACUAAGCAAUAUUGAAGGUGUCAGCUGCGAGGCGAGGAGGGGGCCGAGCAGGUUGUGUUCUGGUAGGUAGGGACCGUGGGGACCAGGAGGUUGAACAAUGCUGUGGGUCGAGAGGAGAUCUAGGGCUCUUUCCCUGUCUGGGUAAAACAGGUUUCAGACUUAAGCUGGAUGAUUCUGAGGGACACACAGUGUCUCUUCAGGACUAAAGAACUUUGAAGACAAGAAUUAAACUUCUUAGGCAGACCAAGUCCUUUUGAAGUCAGAGGAAUAAGGAUGCUGAGAGGAGAGAGAGAGAGGUUAAAGGCUUCUGUCUGCGGAAGGAGGUGAUGGAGCGAGGUGGCUGCCCUGUCUGAGCAGACACCAUGGCAACAUCUCCAUGGCCACUCUUUGCCAAACUCAUUAAGCUGAGCAUCAGGCACGCUGGGUGAGUGGUGGAGAGGGAAUGAAACCUCUUUGCACAGAAGACCAAAUUAUGUAGGAGAGAGAUGAGAAGGUGCACGCAGGACGCUUCUCCUUUUCAAAGGCAAGUCAGUUCUUGACACGAGGAAUUUUGCUAACAACUUCAGGUCACUUGCUGGGUUUGGCUGGCUGGCUGCUCUCUAACAAGUCCCACUGUUUCUGCAGCGUGGGCAAAUCUCAGUGGUGGACAGGGACCAGGUGUUUAAGAUGCUGAAGGCAGAGGUGCUCAGCUACCACUGGGACGCUCUUGCUCCUCGGGGAGGUCCCAAACCAUGUGCCGUAAGCUAAAAAGUGCUUAGAGGGAAGCAGCAGAUGCUUGGUGGAAGUAAAAGGCCAACCUCACCAGUUGCUCAUGGCCAUGAAAAUAAUCUGGAAGCUUUGUUUGAUACUCAAAUUGGUGUUGCAAAUGUGAGGCAAUGUUUACCUCUACAAGAGUUGCUCUGUGUGAUUUAAAGUCUCUGGUGAUAUAUUCUAUAGCUCUAUUUAGUUAAGAUUUUAAGAGCACUUGAUGUGACUCAUCUGAUAGUGUAUAUAUAUAGGAAUAUUUUUUUAAUGGUAGGAAUGAGUUUAAAACAUAGUUUUAAUACUUUGAACCGUUUGGGUCAGGUAGUUCUAGGAGUUCAUUGGAGAAGAAACAGCUAUUAACCACUACAUGAGUGUUUUUACCUUAAUGUUCUGUGUAUUUCACACUGCAGAUUUAAUCUGAUGGUGACUGUAACGUGUCUUAGUAUCUGCUGCUAUUUUCUGUUGCAUAGUCAAACUUGCUUUGUUCAAGAGCAUUUUUAAAGGCCUUUUUGUUGUUGUUACAGGAAAUGAAAAGAGAAACAUUAUUACAGAUGUCAGCCUGUAGCUCACUCACUGCUUUAAAAAAAAAAAAAAAAGGAAAAUCUACUGACUGGCAGCAGAGUCAGAGCAAGUAAAUUGGAGGCUUUCCUUUUUGUGCAUGCUGUGGAGGAAAAACACUGCACAGAAUCGCAGCUGCUUUAUUCCAACCACAGCCCUGUCUCUGAGGAGUCCAUUUGAGAAGCCAGAAGUUGGUGUGCCAGGCUUGCCUGCAGAUUUCAGGCAGAAAUGCACAGUGAGCUUCCCAUUUGGGUUUGGUUUUCUUGGAUUUUUGCCAUUUUCCUUCCCCCCAAAAGAUGUGGAGAUAAAUAUCUGCAGAUGCAUGUUUAGCACACUGACUUGUGUUUGCUGAGCACACUAACUUGUGCUGUCCUAAAGCUUAUCUGCAGCCCAGGCUAGAAGUCUGCAAACACUAAUGAAGCUUGAACACACAAGCACUAAUGCAUUCAAGUGUUUUGUUCAUACCUAUUCCCUCUGAUUCACUCUGCAGAGUGGAAUCUCUGCAGGGUGCUAGGCUGAGGGUUCGGGGUUUUUUCCUUCUGUUAGCUGAGUUGCUGGUGCUGCAGUUUGUGUGAAGAGUUACCAGGCCUGUGUGUUUUGUUUUGUGCAAUUGCUUGAACUUUGUUUUCAAAGAGAUUUGAGAAUUCGUCAUUGUGACCAAAGCUUCUUUUGAAGAAAACAUUGGUGAGACAAGUUUGAAUGGACUUCUGAUGUUUCAG